GUCGGCCCUCGGGUGGACUGGCGUCUGGAACUCGCCCUGGAGCUGCACCUCAAGCUGCAGCACGCAGUCAGCUCGCGGCCCAAGAGCAGCCCGGACGCGCUGCUGUCGCCCAGGCACGACCGCGGCGGCGGGCUAGGGACCAGAGCCCCUGAGCUUCGCUCGGGGAAGCUGAGUUGAGAUGGAAUUGGACUGUAAGCAGCUGGCUAAUUUCUCACAAGAUCAGGAGGUGAAGUGAGGAUGAAAACCAACAGUUGAACCAGCCACACCACGGUGUUCAUUUCUUCAACUAUAUUAACCUUUUUUUUAAAAAAUGGAUUUUUUAAACUCAUCAGACCAAAACUUGACCUCUGAGGAACUGUUAAACCGAAUGCCAUCCAAAAUUCUGGUAUCCCUCACUCUGUCUGGGCUGGCCUUGAUGACAACCACCAUCAACUCCCUUGUGAUCGCUGCAAUCAUUGUGACUCGGAAGCUGCACCACCCAGCCAACUAUUUAAUUUGUUCCUUGGCAGUUACAGAUUUUCUUGUAGCUGUCCUGGUGAUGCCCUUCAGUAUCGUGUACAUUGUGAGAGAGAGUUGGAUUAUGGGACAAGUACUCUGUGACAUUUGGCUGAGUGUUGAUAUCAUCUGUUGUACGUGUUCCAUCUUGCAUCUGUCGGCUAUAGCCUUGGAUAGGUACCGAGCAAUCACAGAUGCAGUUGAGUACGCCAGGAAAAGGACUCCCAAGCAUGCCGGCAUCAUGAUUACGAUAGUGUGGGUUAUAUCUGUGUUCAUCUCUAUGCCUCCUCUCUUCUGGAGGCAUCAAGGAACUAACCGAGAUGAUGAGUGUAUCAUCAAACAUGACCACAUUGUUUCCACAAUUUACUCCACGUUUGGAGCGUUCUACAUCCCGCUUGUAUUGAUAUUGAUCCUCUACUACAAAAUAUACAAAGCAGCAAGGACACUAUACCACAAGAGACAAGCAAGUCGGAUGUUGAAGGAGGAGCUGAAUGGCCAAGUCCUUUUGGAGAGCAGCGAGAAGAGCAUUAAACUGGUCUCCACAUCCUACGUGCUAGAAAAAUCCUUAUCUGAUCCAUCAACAGACUUCGAUAGAAUUCAUAGCACAGUGAAAAGUCCCAGGUCGGAGUUGAAACAUGAGAAAUCUUGGAGAAGACAGAAAAUCUCAGGCACUAGAGAACGCAAAGCAGCCACUACCCUGGGAUUGAUCUUGGGUGCAUUCGUAAUAUGUUGGCUGCCCUUUUUUGUAAAAGAAUUGGUUGUUAAUGUCUGUGAAAAAUGUAAAAUUUCUGAGGAAAUGUCAAAUUUUUUGGCUUGGCUUGGCUACCUGAAUUCCCUUAUAAAUCCACUGAUUUAUACCAUCUUUAAUGAAGACUUCAAGAAAGCCUUCCAAAAACUUGUACGAUGCCGAUAUUAGGAUAAAAGAAGCCUAUUUUCAAAGGGUGGAAGCUUUACUUGUUGGGGGGAUAACUAAAUGAAUGUAAAGUAAUAAAACAUUUAAAUUUAUAGAGAAAAUAUAUUAAGACUGCUAAAAUUAUAAGAGGAUAAAUUUAUUUUUAAUAGCACCAAGAAAAUAAGAUGUAUUAAUCUGGCCAUCAUUUUAAUGUUCUCAAGAUUAGGAAAUUAUUUAUGCAGCUCAGCUCACGAUAUUUUGUCUAUGCAAUAUACCUAAGAAGCUAACUAGAAAUACAUAUAUAUGUAUACAUACAUACAUACAUACAUACAUACUAUCAAUUACAAGGCUUUCCAGGUCUAUAUGUUACAAUGACUAGAAAAA